GUCGGGCCCUUCCUGUGCGGGGCAAAGAAGCUGUAAGCGCGGCUGGAUGUCGGUGAGGCUGUAACUAGUCUCACCAAACAAGCCUUCGUGCCUCUGUAGUCUGAUCACUCAGAAUUAUUCUAAAAAAGGUGCAGAACAAGGAGUUCCUUUGUUCUUAAUGGAGAACGAGAAAAGAUCAGAAGCAGGCGACACUUUUAUUUCUCAAUAUGCCCCUGGCCAGAAAGAGGCUUUACGAGCUGUAUUAAAGCACAGGGCCCAAAAUGCUCCUGUAUUUAAGGAGGUGAAAGUACAGCUCUUAGAAAGUGCAUCCACAGAAAAGGAUGGUGCUACGCAAGAGGCCAGGUCGGGUCACAGCGAGAUUGAUUCAACUACAACCGUAGCAGCUGCCACAGCUGCUGCCAUUGCUACCACAGCUCCACUUCUUAAAGUUCAAAGUGAUUUGGAAGCCAAAGUUAGCUCUGUUUCAGCACUGCUUGAUAAACUACAGGAGACAGACAAGCAAUUACGACGUGUGGCAGAACAGCAAAUAGAUUUAAAAACUGAGAGGCCCCAUUGUCAUGACCGAGUCAAAGAGCUAGAAAAACAGUUGAAUAUUUUUAUGGAACAGCGGAUUCAGCAUCUGGAAAAGUUACAGCAACAGCAAAUGAAUAUUCAGUCUCAUUUCAUUAACUCAGCAAUCAACUCAGCUGGGUUCCAGCCAGUAAAUGUACCAUCCUCAAGUCUGAUGACAAAGCUUUCUACACAGCCGGAGCUACAGCAGCCUGUUACCAACCAAGUAUCUUCACGUCAGAAGGAUUUAUCUUCUACCAAUGCUGUACCUGCUCAAGCAUAUCCAAGUCAGUUUGGAAGGUAUGGCGUUAAUACACAGAAAUCCCCUCUAAAGACACCAGUUCCUCGGAGGCAUGCUCCUGAACCUGUAUCAAAAGAUGAGAAAAUCGUACAGAAAACCUCAAAGAAAGAGAGGCCUAGGGCAGAAAAGGAAAACAUUCCCAAGCCAACUUAUGGAGGCAUUAUGGGUGGAGGGAAAUUUCUGGAGCAGAUUCUAAAUUCUCAAGAAACUCCAUUGAGACAAAUUCAGUCUCCUGAGAAGACAUCAUUAAACACCAACCAAAAGACCAGGCCUUCUGAAAAAGAGUGGCCUGGCGUCCAGUGUACUGGCUCAUUCCCUGCCUUUGAAGGCCCUUCCCAGGAUUUCAAUCCAGUUGAGAAGACAGUGAAGAAAGCAGACAAUCUACUUCAAGAUCUUGGUCAAUUGAAAAGAGAGAUGCAGGGCAUGCUCCAGGAAGCAAAGACCUGGAAGUCAAGCAUGAAUGACUUUGUUAAGCCUAAUAACCCCACGAUCACUCCUGGUCUUCCUGACCAGCAUCAGCUCUCCAAGCCAUCCAUUCUUGAGAAAGUUAAAGCUCCAAAAUCUGUGUUGAAGGAUGCUGAAAAGAUUUUGAGAGGAGUGCAAAACAAUAAAAAGAUGCUUGAAGAAAAUCUGGAAGCCAUUAUUCGUGCAAAAGACGGAGAUGCCAUGUACACCUUUAUCAAUGCCUUGACUGUAAACCGAGAUGUAUUAGAAGAGAUUCGUAUUAGAAAGACAGUAGAUGAGUGGAUUAAAACAAUCAGCAUGGAAAUUCAGGCUGAAAUGGAAAGAAAUGAUUAUGAACAAACGAAAUAUGAUCAAAAAGAUCAAAAGACUCCAUGGAUCAAGAGAACUCAGAACAUCAGGGAUAUGAAAACCAAGAAAGAAAUUAAAACAAAAAAUCAAAAAGCCCAAGGAUUCUUAACAAAGAAGUCUCUAUCUGCAGCCAAGCCUGUUCACAAACAGAUGGGGGAGAACUUUAUAAGGCAGAGCUCAAGACUUGAAUCUUCUUCUGAGAGUCUGCAGAAUAAAGAAGAAAGGGUAGAGGGACAUGUGAAUGUAGUGGUACCAAAUGAAGAGUAUCUGUCUCAGGUUUAUGGGAAACCCAUUUACCAGGGUCACCGCAGCACACUUAAAAAAGCACCGUAUCUCAGAUUCAAUUCUCCAUCUCCUAAAUCUAAACCUCAAAGACCAAAAGUGCUAGAAUGUGUAAGAGGUACUAAAGUAAAAUCAGCAAGAACACAAACCAGCUCUUCCAUGCAGAAAAUAAUAACCAGUCCUAAGAAACAGCAUCUGCUUUCUGCACCAUUUCCUGAAAAUCAGUAUCUCUUCAGUCCCAGUAGAGAAGCACCUACUGUUUGUGGUCCACUUGAAGGUCACCUGAUCCCUAUGGCUAUUCCUUUAGGUCAAACACGGGUUAAUGGCAUCUCACCACAGCCUGCAGGAGUAAUUAUAAGCAAAACUCACCCUGUCACUGUGACUACCUCUGUUCCCCCAACUCUUCCAAAACUACAGCGUCAGGCAAUGAAAAAACCAAACAUAGCAGUAGUAGAGAUGAAAUCUGAAAAAAAGGAUCCUCCUAAACUCACCGUACAGGUGUUGCCGAAUGUAGAUAUCGACAGUAUUUCCAGUGCCAGCGUGAGCCUUAAUGAGGCAUCUCUGCACUCAGAAGCAGCACUCCCUCCUGUCAGCACUCAGAUACAGACUCCAGAACAUGAACAUUAUGAGGAGGAAGAUAUAAAAUUUCCAGGAACUAAUUUCAUUGAUGUGACUGAUGUAAUGCAGGAUCAAGAAGAGGAGGAGGAGGAGGAUGGAAUCCCAGCAUUCUCUGAACCCGUUCUGGAAUUUAAUAGACAAGCUGAAGUUGUAUCUCCAAAAUAUAAUGGUCCUCCAUUUCCACCAACGGCACCGGCUCCUGUUCCUCAACAUGCGGCAGAUAUUCUGGAUGAAAUCAUUGAAAGAAGGGAAACCAUUGAAAACCAGUUAAUUAGUUGGGUGGAACAAGAGGUCAUGGCACGAAUUAUCAGUGGGAUGUACCCAGUUCAGAAGGAAGCGGUGCCCAGUAUAAGUGCAUCAGAGAGUGAAGACAGUGAGGCUGUAACCUCUGACAUCAUUGAAGCAGCAGGUGGGGGAGGAUUUCAGCUCUUUGUCAAUGCUGGUGUGCCGGUGGACUUGGAAAUGAUCAAUCAUUUAGUGAGCGAAGCUCUCACCGAGACUGUUGCCAUCAUGCUGGGUGAUAGGGACCACUCCGCGAGCCCCCCUGCUACAAACGUUCUCCCAAGCAUGACAGUUUUGCCAGAAUGUGAAAUAUCUACUCCAUUGGCUACACCAUGUGAUACACCACCUCUUGAAAAAGAACCAUCACCAGUAAAAACCCCCGAUUCUUCCCUUUCUCUUACAGAACUUGGUGGAGAAGUUCUUGUUCACCAACAAAUGAAAGAAUCAGGUUUUGAGAUUCCAGGUGCCACAAGUCCCGUUGGCACACCUGCUGCUACCCCUGUGGAUACACCUCCUAAGAUAACUACACCGACCCCUCCAGCAUCAGAACCUGGCUUUGAUGCAACAAAGAUGGAAAGCCCAAAGCCUCCAAACCCAUGGGGAGAUGCAGAGCUCCCUCUAGAAGAGGAGAAGCCUAGUCCUUUGAACGAGGAGACUUUCCACACAAAGCCUAUUGUCAUGUCAGUGGCUAAAGAUGAAGAACCAGACACCUUGGUUUUACCAGCUUCUCUUGAGCCAGUUAGACCCCUUGCAUCAGUUCCUUGUGAACCAAAGACUCCCUCUCCUGGGCAUACACUUAGCUCUGGCCCAUCCACGCAGGAAAGCAGUACAACUGCCACAGAAACGGAAACAGAAACUGGAGACAGGUUCAUCUCGGAGGGCGAGGUCCUGUUUAGCUAUGGUCAGAUGAUAGCUGCAAAAGUCUUAGCAGAAGGACUGUCUCUUCCAAACCUGAGUGAAAGUUUAUGCAGUACCCUACAUGACGCCCAUGAAAUGGAUUAUGAUCCUCCCAGUGAAGGACAAGUCAUAAGAAGACCCCAUAAAGGAUAUCACAGAGAUCCUGUUCUCUCUCUCUUGGCUAGGCUAAAUCAGGCACCAGUUACUGCACAAGAAGUGAUAUACCACUCUGAGGACUCUGAUAAAAGCAUUGGAGAGCUCAGUGAAGGCCAAAGACCUAGACUGACAAGAGCAGCAGAAAGUAUCUUAAUGGGGCAUUCAGUUUAUAUAGACCAGCCUGCUGGCCUAGCCCAGCCUACUGAACAGCGUUCCCACAGUGUGCCAUCCCCAGGACAGUGUGAGAGGACUGCAGCAGAUGCUUGUCGUGGUACAAUGACCAUGGCUGAAUUGGUGUUGCAGCCAUUUUCAAACCCGGUUCCUCAAAUGACACAAGCCAGUGAUGGGAACGUGCAUCUAUCAGAGGAUACUUCUCAGAAACAGAGCCAAGAGGCUGUACACGUGGAGCCAGUCCGAUCCAGAGUCAUUCGUGUGAGAACUAAAUCUGAAGUAGCACAACAGCAAGAUUCCCACGGGGAUGUGGAUCGGACAGAAGUUGAGCCUAAUAAGUACCUUACAUCUUUACUUGCAGGAGAGGAAUCUGUGCCGCAUUUAAGUUCACUGGCUUCCCCAGCAAAGAUGUCUGUGAUGCUGCCAUCUAUGAAUCUAGAUGACCACACACAAAGUAUCAGCACUAUUCAUGAGGAUUCAGGCUCUUCGGGAGCAGAUACGUUUUAGAACAUGUGGGGGUUUUAAUUCAUUUUUGGGUGUUUGAGCAUUUCUAGGGAAGUGUUUUGCCCAGCUGGUGUGAUAAGCCAUGUGUUUUCACAGAAAAUCUGUCUUUCAGGGCCAUUUUCUACUUACUGUUUCUUGGUUAUUUUUUUUAUUGAUCAGAAUGGAAAUUUAAAAAUGAUUUUGUUUUGAGAAAUAUAUAAAAAAUUUUAUCAUAAAAAUAAAAUAUAAGAAUAUA